GUUGGGUCGAGCACUUCGGCCUGCGCCGUUGAGGAGCCGCUGAGAGGAAGCGCCGCGCAGCAGUGCCGGGCAGCGGCGGACGGACGGACGGACGGACUGACGGCCGGGACCGCGACAGAUUCUGUGACCAUGAGAGACAGAAAUAAAGAAUGAUCCAUGAUUUUUAAACGCCUUUUCCUGAGGAGAUAGUCAUGUUGGAAGGUCUUGUAGCCUGGGUUCUCAAUACCUAUUUGGGAAAAUAUGUCAAUAAUUUGAACACGGACCAGCUUUCAGUUGCACUUCUCAAAGGUGCUGUUGAAUUGGAAAACCUUCCAUUAAAGAAAGAUGCCUUGAAAGAACUGGAGCUGCCAUUUGAAGUCAAGGCUGGUUUAAUUGGGAAAGUGACACUUCAGAUCCCCUUUUAUCGCCCUCAUGUGGACCCUUGGGUGAUCUCCAUCUCCAGCCUCCACUUAAUUGGUGCUCCUGAGAAAAUCCAGGACUUCAGCGAUGAAAAGGAGAAGCUGCUGGAAAGGGAGCGCAAGAAAGCGCUGCUUCAAGCCCUGGAGGAGAAAUGGAAGAGUGAACAGCAGCAGAAAGGAGAGUCCUACUGGUACUCAGUGACUGCCUCGGUUGUUACGAGAAUCGUAGAGAACAUUGAAUUAAAAAUUCAAGAUGUUCAUUUGCGCUUUGAAGAUGGUGUCACCAAUCCUGCCCAUCCUUUUGCAUUUGGCAUCUGUAUUAAAAAUGUGUCCAUGCAGAAUGCUGUGAACGAGCCUGUACAGAAGCUAAUGCGGAAAAAGCAAUUAGAUGUGGCAGAGUUUAGCAUCUAUUGGGAUGUCGAUUGCACUUUGUUGGGCGAUUUACCUCAGGUGGAGUUACAGGAAGCCAUGGCCAGAAGUAUGGAGAGUCGCAGUCACCACUAUGUCCUGGAACCUGUGUGUGCAUCUGCCCUCUUGAAGAGAAACUGCUCGAAGGAGCCUCUGAGGUCCCGGCACAGCCCCCGGAUUGAAUGUGAUAUUCAACUGGAGACCAUUCCCUUGAAGCUGUCUCAGCUGCAGUACCGGCAGAUCAUGGGAUUCCUCAAGGAGCUGGAACGAAAGGAGAGGCAGGCGAAGUUCCGGAAGUGGAAGCCAAGAGUGGCUGUAUCCAAGAAUUGCCGCGAGUGGUGGUAUUUUGCCUUGAAUGCCAACUUGUACGAGAUCAGAGAGCAAAGGAAGUGUUGCACCUGGGAUUUCCUGUUGCACCGUGCCCGUGAUGCUGUAUUCUACACUGACAAGUAUUUCCACAAAUUAAAAGGAGGAUUACUGUCUGCAGAUGACAAGGAGGAGAUGUGUCGGAUUGAGGAGGAACAGAGCUUUGAGGAAUUGAAGAUUCUGCGUGAACUGGUUUAUGAUCGAUUUUACAAGCAAGAAGAACUGGCAGAGAGUCUACGAGAACCUCAGUUUGAUUCUCCUGCAGCCUCACCUGGAGAUGCAGAGGCUGGUGGAGGCAGCGGGGUCCUGCGGUACCUGCAGUCCUGGUUUCCGGGGUGGGGCGGCUGGUACGGGCAGCAAAGCCCUGAGGGGAAAGUGGCCGAAGGACUGUCUGCUGAACCGCAUGAGCAGUGGAUCCCCGAAGAGAUCCUGGGCACCGAGGAGUUUUUUGAUCCCACUGCAGAUGCCUCAUGCAUGAACACCUACACCAAGCGAGACCACGUCUUUGCCAAGCUGAAUGUGCAGCUGCAGCGGGGCAUAGUGACUCUGUCACACAAGGAGCAGGGGUCUCCUCAGGCAGACGAGAGUGCGUUCAUGCAGCUGGAGUUCUCAGAUGUGAAACUUCUAGCAGAAUCUCUUCCUCGAAGGAAUUCCUCAUUGCUUUUAGUCCGGUUGGGUGGACUGUUUCUCCGAGACCUGGCUACGGAAGGAACCAUGUUUCCUCUCCUGGUCUUCCCUAAUCCACAAAAAGAAGUUGGCAGAGUCUCCCAGUCUUUUGGUCUCCAAACCACAUCUGCAGACAGAAGCGAUCAAUACCCUGCUGCAGACCCAGAUGACCCAGUUUUUGAGAUGCUGUAUGAGAGAAAUCCAGCGCACAGCCAUUUUGAGCGGCGGCUAAAUGUCAGCACAAGGCCCCUGAACAUCAUCUAUAAUCCCCAGGCUAUUAAAAAAGUAGCAGACUUUUUCUACAAGGGAAAGGUUCAUACCUCAGGUUUUGGUUAUCAGUCUGAGCUCGAGCUGAGAGUAGCUGAAGCAGCCCGAAGACAGUAUAACAAGCUGAAGAUGCAGACCAAGGCGGAAAUCCGACAGACUCUAGACCGUUUGUUAGUGGGGGGCUUCAUUGAGGAAAGUAAGCGGUGGACUGUGCGACUGGAUAUUUCUGCCCCUCAGGUGAUAUUUCCCGAUGACUUUAAGUUCAAGAAUCCUGUGUUAGUUGUUGUGGAUCUGGGAAGAAUGCUGCUUAUGAAUGCUCAAGAUGACUCCAAGAGGAAAAGUGGGGCGAGGUCCACCUCUGAAGACAAUCAGUUCAGCGAUGAUGAGUAUAAGACCCCCCUCGCCACUCCUCCCAACACGCCACCUCCGGAAAGCAGCAGCAGCGGGGAGAAGACGCCUCCCUUUCCCGGUGUCGAAUUCAGCGAAGAACAGCUCCAGGCGCGUCUGAUGAGUACAAAGAUGUAUGAGAGGUACUCCCUGUCAUUCAUGGACCUCCAGAUCAUGGUGGGACGAGUGAAAGACAACUGGAAGCAUGUGCAGGACAUCGAUGUGGGGCCGACCCACGUGGUCGAGAAGUUCAAUGUUCACCUACAGCUAGAACGGCGGCUAAUUUACACGUCAGACCCCAAGUACCCAGGGGCGGUGCUCUCCGGCAACCUACCAGACUUAAAGAUCCACAUCAAUGAGGACAAGAUAUCUGCUCUGAAGAACUGCUUUGCUCUCCUCACCACCCCAGAAAUGAAGACGGCUGACACCCAGAUGAAAGAGAAGAUCUUCCCCCAAGAAGCCCAGCGGGGAAGCCUGCAGGACUCGGUAGUGAACUUAACCCAGAGUAUUGUGAUGCUGGAGCAGCACACCCGGGAGGUGUUGGUGGAGUCACAGCUCCUCCUGGCGGAAUUUAAAGUGAACUGCAUGCAGCUUGGCGUUGAGAGCAAUGGCAGGUACAUCUCUGUGCUCAAGGUGUUUGGUACCAAUGCUCACUUUGUGAAGAGGCCUUAUGAUGCUGAAGUCUCCCUAACCGUUCAUGGUUUGCUCCUGGUAGACACCAUGCAGACCUAUGGUGCUGAUUUUGACCUUUUGAUGGCUUCUCAUAAGAACUUGAGUUUUGAUAUCCCCACAGGAAGCCUUCGGGAUAGCAGGGCACAAUCGCCUGUCUCGGGACCUAAUGCCGCCUUUUUAACUGACAUAGCCACCCUCAAUGACAGAUCAGCCACUAGUCCUUCUUUUGAAAAAAUUCUCACCAAAGAGCAGGAGUCCCUUAUUAAAUUGGAAUAUCAGUUUGUGAGUUCAGAGUGCCCAUCCAUGAACUUAGACAGCACUCUCCAAGUAAUUUCACUGCAGGUGAAUAAUUUGGAUAUUAUCCUAAAUCCAGAGACAAUUGUGGAGCUGAUUGGUUUUCUUCAGAAAUCCUUCCCUAAAGAAAAAGACGAUUUGAGUCCUCAGCCUCUAAUGACUGAUUUUGAACGCAGCUUCAGAGAACAAGGGACUUACCAAUCUACAUAUGAGCAGAACACAGAGGUUGCAGUGGAAAUCCAUAGGCUCAACCUCCUGCUACUUCGGACAGUGGGGAUGGCGAAUGGGGAGAAGUGUGGCAGGAAAAUCGCAACUGCAAGUGUUGGUGGCACCAAAGUGAAUGUGUCCAUGGGCAGUACAUUUGACAUGAAUGGCUCCCUGGGCUGCUUACAACUCAUGGAUUUGACCCAAGAGAAUGUGAAGAACCAGUAUGUUGUCAGCAUUGGGAACUCCGUGGGCUACGAGAACAUCGUCAGUGACAUUGGCUACUUUGAAUCCGUGUUUGUCAGGAUGGAGGACGUGGCCCUGUCUGAAGCUCUGAGCUUCACGUUCGUGGAGAAAUCAAAACAGGAGUGUUUUCUCAGCCUGAAGAUGGCGUCACUGCAUUAUAACCACUCUGCAAAGUUCUUGAAGGAGUUGACAUUAUCUAUGGAUGAACUGGAAGAAAAUUUUCGAAGUAUGUUGAAAAGUGCAGCCACCAAAGUCACCACUGUCUUAGCCACCAAGACUGCUGAGUACAGCGAGAUGGUCUCGCUCUUCGAAACCCCAAAGAAGACCCGGGAUCCCUUUGUCCUAGAAGAAAAUGAAAUCUAUGGGUUUGGUCUACCUUCACCUCAUUCAGACACGGUCAAGCUCAUCUUGAACAUAAACAUUGAGUCUCCAGUUGUGUCUGUCCCUCGCAGGCCGGGGAGUCCUGAGCUGUUGGUGGGACACUUGGGACAGAUAUUCAUCCAGAAUUUUGUGGCCGGAGAUGAUGAAUCCAGAAGUGAUCGUCUGCAGGUGGAAAUCAAAGACAUUAAACUCUAUUCUUUGAAUUGCACCCAGUUGGCAGGCAGAGAAGGUGCUGGGCCUGAAGCCAGCCCACCUUCUGGGUCUGCCAGUGCCAACAGUCAGGAGGAGGCUCAUUUCACCCGGCACGAUUUCUUUGAGUCUUUGCAUAGAGGUCAAGCUUUUCACAUUUUGAACAACACCACCAUCCAGUUUAAACUGGAAAAGAUCCCCAUAGAGAAAGAAUCUGAAUUGACUUUCUCUCUCAGUCCAGAUGAUCUGGGGACCACUAGCAUCAUGAAGAUUGAAGGAAAAUUCGUCAAUCCAGUGCAGGUGGUGCUAGCCAAGCACGUGUACGAGCAGGUUUUGCAAACACUGGACAACCUUGUGUACAGCGAAGAUCUGAGUAAGUUCCCAGCCAGUGCUCCCUCCUCCCCGUGCCCAGCUUCUCCCCUACCCGCCCUCAGCACCUGUGGAGAACCUCCUGUGGAGAGGAAGGAGAAUGGCUUGUUCAGCCACUCCAGCUUUUCUAGCACCUCUCAGAAGUCCUUGUCUGUGAAGGAAGUCAAAGCCUUCACUCAGAUCCAGGCCAACUUCUGCAUAUCGGAGCUGCAAGUUCAGCUGAGUGGAGACCUGACUUUGGGGGCGCAGGGUCUUGUGAGCUUAAAGUUCCAGGAUUUUGAAGUGGAAUUCAAUAAAGACCACCCACAGACCCUAUCUAUUCAGAUUGCUCUGCGCUCUCUGCUGAUGGAAGACUUGCUAGAGAAAAAUCCAGACUCUAAGUACAAGAACCUGAUGGUGUCUCGAGGCGCUCCCAAGCCAUCUAGCUUAACGCAGAAAGAGUAUCUCUCCCAGUCUUGCCCUUCUGUGUCCAACGUGGAGUAUCCCGACAUGCCUCGGUCUCUCCCGUCCCACAUGGAGGAAGCUCCGAACGUCUUUCAGUUAUAUCAGAGACCAACCUCUACAUCUCGGAACAAGCCAAAGGAAGUCCAAGAGCAGGUCUACCCCUUGACCCCACCUCCUUCUCCGACAGCAGAUGAGCCCAAGGUACCUACUGGAAAAAGUAAAUUUGAUGAUUCCUUGGUGCACAUCAAUAUAUUCUUGGUGGAUAAGAAGCAUCCAGAAUUCUCUUCCACUUACAGUCGCAUCAACCGGAGCAUUGAUGUCGACUUUAACUGCUUGGAUGUGCUGAUCACACUGCAGACCUGGGUCGUGAUCCUGGACUUCUUUGGAAUUGGCUCCACUGCAGACAACCAUGCCAUGAAGGUGCCGCCGGAGGACUUUCUGCAAAGUGUGAGGUCUGAAGCCAGUGCCGCUGGGGAGUCUGAGCUCCAGGAGCCCGUGAACUCCAAGCUGGAUCUCAAGGUCCAUUCACUGUCUCUUGUGCUGAAUAAGACCACCAGUGAGCUGGCUAAAGCAAACGUGUCCAAAUUAGCAGCACACAUGGAAAUGAUCGAAGGAGACCUGGCCUUGCAGGGAAGCAUUGGAAGUCUGUCUCUGAGCGACCUCACGUCCCAUGGAGACUUCUACAGAGAACGGUUCACUACGAGUGGAGAAGAGGCACUCAUCUUCCAGACUUUUAAAUAUGGGCAGCCAGACCCCCUCCUCCGGAGAGAGCAUGACAUUCGUGUGAGCCUGCAGAUGGCCUCCGUGCAGUACGUACACACACAGCGCUUCCAGGCGGAGGUGGUGGCCUUCAUUCAACACUUUACCCAGCUGCAGGAUGUCCUAGGGCGCCAGCGAGCUGCAAUCCAGGGCCAGACGGUGCGAGAUCAAGCUCAGCGCUGUUCACGGGUUCUUCUGGAUAUCGAGGCUGGUGCUCCUGUUCUUCUCAUCCCAGAAAGUUCCAGAUCAAAUAACCUGAUAGUAGCAAAUUUGGGAAAGUUGAAAGUCAAGAACAAGUUUCUAUUUGCUGGUUUUCCUGGGACCUUUUCCUUACAAGAUAAGGAAUCUGUGCCUUCAGCUUCUCCAACAGGUAUACCCAGAUGCAGUGUGGGUAGAAUGACAAGCACAGAGGACCUCAAAGUGCCCCCGGCACAGGGACUGUUCAUGCCUCCUUCUGGAAUGGGCCUUGGCAGCCUGAAGAGUGAGUUUGUGCCCAGUGCCUCCAUCAAGCAGAGAGGGCAGGAAGUCCCGCCGCCUGUCAGCCACAGCUCCAGGAGUCCAGAAGAACAUGUGUGCCUGCUGGAUUGCAUUGUCGUGGAUCUGCAGGAUAUGGACAUCUUUGCUGCAGAGAGACACCCACGGGACUGUUCUCAAGCCUCAGAGCACAGUAGUGGGGACCUGAUCUUUCCAUCCUACUUUGUGCGACAGACAGGAGGAAGUCUGUUAACUGAGCCUUGUAGGCUGAAAUUGCAGGUGGAAAGAAAUCUGGACAAGGAAAUAAGCCACACGGUUCCAGAUAUAUCUAUCCAUGGCAACCUCUCCUCAGUCCACUGCUCUCUGGAUUUGUAUAAAUACAAGCUAAUCCGAGGCUUACUGGAGAACAACUUGGGGGAGCCCAUAGAGGAGUUCAUGCGGCCUUACGACUUGCAAGAUCCGAGAAUUCAUACUGUGCUGAGUGGAGCAGUGUACACCUGCAUGUGCUUUCUCAUUGACAUGGUCAAUGUCAGCCUGGAGCUCAGAGACCCAAAGGGAAGAGAAGGCACUGGUUCUCUAGCCAGAUUUGACUUUAAGAAAUGCAAACUGCUCUAUGAGAGUUUCUCUAACCAAACCAAGUCCAUUAACUUGGUUUCCCAUUCUAUGAUGGCAUUUGACACCCGCUAUGCUGGGCAGAAGGCCAGCCCAGGCAUGACCAAUGUCUUCAACUGUAUCUUCCAGCCUGCCAAAACCAGCAGCACCACCCAGGGCUCCAUUCAGAUUGAGCUCCAUUUCAGAUCUACAAAGGAUUCCUCCUGUUUCACAGUAGUUCUCAACAGUCUCCGGGUGUUUCUUAUAUUUGACUGGCUGCUAUUGGUCCAUGACUUUCUGCACACUCCCAGUGAUGUUAAGAAACACAGUGUCCUUCCUCCUCGCCGCCGCAACUCCAGCAGCGAAUCUGCAGUGGUUCCCAAAACUGUUAAGAGUGGAGUGGUCACCAAACGGUCUUCCCUUCCUGUGUCCAAUGAGAGGCACCUGGAGGUCAAGGUCAAUGUAACAGGCACAGAGUUUGUGGUGGUGGAAGAUGUGUCCUGCUUUGACACCAACGCCAUUAUUCUGAAAGGCACCACCGUGCUCACCUAUAAACCCCGCUUUGUUGAUCGUCCCUUUUCAGGAAGUUUGUUUGGCAUCGAGGUGUUCUCGUGCCGACUAGGGAACGAGCAGGACACAGCUCUUUCAAUUGUUGACCCCGUUCAAAUCCAAGUGGAGCUGGUGGGGAAUUCUUCCUACCAGAACAGUUCCGGGCUGAUGGAUGCAUUCAACAGUGAAGAUUUUCCACCCGUCCUAGAGAUUCAACUGCAAGCCCUGGACAUCAGGCUCUCCUAUAAUGAUGUGCAGCUGUUUCUUGCCAUUGCAAAAUCCAUCCCAGAGCAAGCGAGUGCCGCGGUGCCGGACUCAGUAGCCUCACAGGUCGACUCCCUCAGCAGCUACCCCCCAGGGUCUUCUCGCAUUGAAGAGGAAGUCAGAGAAGGUGCGAGACGCACCUUAGAUCCUGUCUUGGAGUUACAACUGGCUAGGCUGCAGGAGCUGGGCUUCAGCAUGGACGACUGCCGCAAGGCUCUCCUGGUGUGUCAAGGCCAGUUGAAAAAGGCAGCAAGCUGGCUGUUCAAGAAUGCGGAGCCCCUGAAGUCUCUGUCGCUGGCCUCGGGCAGCCGGGACAGCCCGGGGGCGGUGCCAUCGCCACGCAUCUCCGGCGUGGAGGUCAAGGCGGAGAGCGUGUGCGUCUGCUUCAUCGAUGACUGCAUGGACUGCGACGUGCCCCUCGCCGAGCUCACCUUCUCCCGUCUGAAUUUUCUUCAGCACAUAAGAACCAACCCUGAAGGCUACGCCCACUUCACCCUUUCUGGAGAUUAUUAUAACCGUGCUCUCUCUGGCUGGGAGCCAUUUAUUGAGCCAUGGCCCUGCUCUGUAUCCUGGCAACAACAGGCAGCGAGUCGUCUCCAUCCUCCUCGCCUGAAGUUGGAGGCCAAGGCCAAACCCCGCUUGGACAUCAACAUCACUUCUGUACUGAUCGACCAGUAUGUAAGCACCAAAGAGUCGUGGAUGGCAGAUUACUGUAAAGAAGACAAGGAAGUCGCUGCAGCCAAGACGGAAGACUGGAUGGGCUCCUCAGUAGAUCCUCCAUGCUUUGGACAGAGCCUCCCCCUUGUCUACCUUAGAACUAGGAGCACAGCCAGUCUGACUAACCUAGAGCACCAGAUCUAUGCUAGAGCAGACGUGAAAACUCCCAAGCGCCGGCAGCCAUUUGUCCCCUUUGCUCUGCGGAACCACACAGGAUGCACGUUGUGGUUUGCUGCCCUGACCACCACCCCCACCAGGGCCGCACUCUCUCACAGUGGGAGUCCUGGGAUGGUUCCAGAAGGUAACGGAGCGUUUUUGGAUGAUGCCCACAAUGUUAGCGAGUGGCGAGAAGUCCUCACAGGUGAAGAGAUCCCCUUUGAAUUUGAAGCCAGAGGAAAAUUAAGGCACAGACACACCCAUGACCUUCGGAUCCAUCAGCUACAAGUGAGAGUGAAUGGCUGGGAACAAGUCAGCCCUGUGUCAGUGGACAAGGUUGGGACCUUUUUUCGAUAUGCAGCGCCAGAUAAAAAUUCCUCUUCCUCCACGAUUGGCAGCCCUGGCAGCAGAACAAACAUCAUACACCCUCAGGUUUAUUUCUCUUCACUCCCACCCGUGCGGGUGGUCUUUGCAGUGACAAUGGAAGGCAGUGCUCGGAAAGUGAUCACUGUGCGGUCGGCCCUCAUUGUGAGGAACAGACUCGAGACGCCCAUGGAACUCCGGCUGGACAGUCCUUCGGCUCCCGACAAGCCAGUGGUGCUUCCCGCUAUCAUGCCAGGGGACUCGUUUGCUGUGCCUUUACACCUCACUUCUUGGCGGCUACAGGCCCGGCCCAAAGGAUUGGGCGUGUUUUUCUGUAAGGCUCCUAUUCACUGGACCAACGUAGUGAAGACGGCAGAGGUUAGUAGCAGCAAACGGGAGUGCCACUCCAUGGACACUGAGAAGAGCCGCUUUUUCAGGUUUUGUGUGGCUAUUAAAAAAGAGAACUAUCCAGAUUACAUGCCCUCAAACAUAUUUUCUGACAGUGCAAAACAGAUUUUCAGACAGCCUGGGCAUACCAUAUAUCUCCUACCAACUGUGGUCAUCUGCAACUUGCUGCCUUGUGAACUUGACUUCUAUGUGAAAGGAGUGCCCAUUAAUGGGACACUGAAACCUGGCAAAGAGGUGGCCCUCCACACAGCUGACACAUCCCAGAACAUUGAACUGGGGGUGUCGCUGGAGAACUUUCCACUCUGUAAAGAAUUACUUAUUCCACCUGGGACCCAAAACUAUAUGGUGAGAAUGCGACUGUAUGACAUCAACCGGCGGCAGCUUAAUCUCACCAUCCGGAUCGUCUGUCGAGCAGAAGGAUCCUUAAAAAUCUUCAUUUCUGCUCCAUAUUGGCUCAUCAAUAAAACAGGGUUACCACUGAUCUUCAGACAGGACAAUGCAAGGACAGAUGCUGCAGGCCAGUUUGAGGAGCACGAGCUGGCCCGGAGCCUGAGUCCUCUCUUGUUCUGCUAUGCUGACAAAGAGCAGCCAAACCUCUGCACGAUGAGAGUCGGAAGGGGGAUUCAUCCAGAAGGCAUGCCGGGCUGGUGUCAGGGCUUCUCUCUGGAUGGUGGUAAUGGUGUCCGAGCGUUGAAAGUCAUCCAGCAAGGAAACCGCCCAGGGCUGAUCUAUAACAUUGGUAUUGAUGUCAAGAAAGGCCGAGGUCGCUACAUCGACAGCUGUAUGGUCAUCUUUGCCCCACGUUACUUGUUAGAUAAUAAAUCAUCUCACAAGCUUGCAUUUGCACAAAGGGAAUUCGCCCGGGGACAGGGAACAGCCAAUCCUGAAGGCUAUAUUUCCACCCUCCCUGGUUCCAGUGUCGUGUUCCACUGGCCCCGCAAUGACUAUGAUCAGCUACUGUGUGUCAGGUUGAUGGAUGUGCCCAACUGCAUUUGGUCUGGUGGCUUCGAAGUCAACAAGAAUAAUUCCUUCCAUAUCAACAUGAGGGAUACCCUGGGGAAAUGCUUCUUCCUACGAGUGGAAAUUACUCUCCGAGGAGCUACAUAUAGGAUAUCCUUUAGUGACACAGAACAGUUACCUCCUCCUUUCCGAAUUGACAACUUUUCCAAGGUUCCCGUUGUCUUCACGCAGCAUGGUGUAGCUGAACCCAGGCUGCGCACUGAAGUGAAGCCCAUGACAUCACUGGAUUACGCCUGGGACGAGCCCACCCUGCCACCCUUCAUCACUCUCACUGUUAAGGGCGCCGGAUCCUCAGAGAUCAGCUGUAACAUGAAUGAUUUCCAGGACAACCGGCAGCUUUACUAUGAAAAUUUCAUUUACAUUGCUGCCACAUACACAUUCUCUGGUUUACAGGAGGGAACAGGAAGGCCCGUGGCUAACAAGGCUGUUACCUGUGCAGAGCUGGUGUUGGAUGUCUCACCAAAGACCCAAAGAGUCAUCCUGAAGAAGAAGGAGCCAGGAAAGCGUUCUCAGCUCUGGAGGAUGACAGGAGCAGGAAUGCUGGCCCAUGAGGGCUCUGCUGUUCCCCACAACCCCAACAAGCCCUUGGCUGCGCGCUCCACCGAGGGCUCCGCCAUCCUGGAUAUCGCGGGGCUGGCCGCAGUGACUGACAAUAGGUAUGAGCCGCUGAUGCUGAGGAAGCCGGACCGCAGGCGAAGCACCACUCAGACAUGGAGUUUCCGCGAGGGGAAGCUGACCUGCGGCUUGCAUGGGCUGGUUGUGCAGGCCAAAGGAGGUCUUUCUGGAUUGUUUGAUGGAGCUGAAGUUGUUCUUGGUCCUGACUCAUCUGUGGAGCUUUUGGGGCCAGUUCCACCCGAACAACAAUUUAUUAACCAAAAAAUGCGGCCUGGUUCUGGAAUGUUAUCCAUCAGAGUCAUCCCCGAUGGGCCAACUAGAGCACUCCAGAUAUCAGAUUUCAGCCAGCGGAAAAGUGAUCGUCCAUCUUAUGAUGCGGAGGACCUUCCUGUUACUGAGCAAGAGCUGCGGAAACUGAGGAAACCACACACAGAGCAGGAACUGGAAGUACUUGUGCGGUUAGAAGGUGGAAUUGGUAUCUCCUUAAUCAAUAAAGUUCCAGAAGAAUUGGUCUUUGCAAGUCUUACAGGCAUCAAUGUCCACUACACCCAGCUGGCAACCAGUCACAUGCUUGAACUCAGCAUACAGGAUGUCCAGGUGGACAAUCAGCUCAUUGGUACCACGCAGCCCUUCAUGCUCUAUGUGACUCCCCUGAGCAACGAGAACGAGGUCCUUGAGACGGGCCCUGCUGUGCAAGUUAACGCUGUGAAGUUCCCCAGUAAGAGCGCGUUGACCAACAUCUACAAGCACUUGCUGGUCACGGCUCAGAGGUUCACAGUGCAAAUCGAGGAGAAGCUGCUGCUCAAGCUCCUGAGCUUCUUCCGCUACGAGCAGGCGGCGGCAGAGGUAGAAAAAUAUGAUGAAAACCUCCAUGAAAAGACAGUGGAGCAAGGAGGAACACCAACUCGGUACUACUUUGAAAACCUCAAGAUCAGCAUCCCACAGAUCAAGCUGAGUGUGUUCACCUCCAACAAGCUGCCCUUGGACCUGAAGGCCCUGAAGAGCACCUUGGGAUUUCCAUUGAUUCGGUUUGAAGAUGCAGUGAUUAAUCUGGAUCCGUUCACUCGGGUGCAUCCCUAUGAAACCAAGGAAUUUAUCAUCAAUGACAUCCUCAAACACUUCCAGGAGGAACUCCUCAGCCAGGCUGCUAGGAUCCUGGGAUCCGUAGAUUUUCUUGGCAAUCCCAUGGGGCUUUUGAAUGAUGUUUCUGAAGGAGUUACUGGACUGAUCAAGUAUGGAAAUGUUGGGGGCCUUAUCAGAAACGUUACCCACGGAGUAUCAAAUUCUGCUGCCAAGUUUGCAGGGACGCUGUCAGAUGGCUUGGGGAAGACGAUGGACAACCGGCACCAGUCAGAGCGGGAGUAUAUCAGAUACCACGCGGCCACCAGUGGAGAGCACCUCGUGGCUGGCAUCCAUGGCCUGGCUCAUGGUAUCAUCGGUGGACUGACCAGUGUUAUAACCUCAACAGUGGAAGGUGUGAAAACAGAAGGGGGCGUCAGUGGCUUCAUAUCUGGCCUUGGCAAAGGACUUGUUGGCACUGUGACCAAGCCAGUGGCAGGUGCCCUGGAUUUCGCCUCUGAAACAGCCCAGGCAGUGAGAGAUACAGCUACACUCAGUGGUCCCAGAACCCAAGCCCAGAGGGCUCGGAAGCCGCGCUGCUGCACAGGACCCCAGGGGCUGCUGCCCCGCUAUUCUGAGAGCCAGGCAGAGGGGCAGGAGCAGCUCUUCAAACUCACAGACAACAUCCAAGACGAGUUCUUCAUUGCCGUGGAGAACAUCGACAGCUACUGCGUGCUCAUCUCCUCCAAAGCCGUGUACUUCCUCAAGAGCGGGGACUAUGUAGACCGGGAGGCCAUCUUCCUCGAGGUCAAAUACGAUGACCUCUACCACUGCCUGGUCUCCAAAGACCACGGGAAGGUAUACAUUCAGGUGACCAAGAAAGCUGCGAACUCCAGCAGCGGCGUGUCCAUCCCAGGCCCGUCUCAUCACAAGCCCAUGGUCCACGUGAGAUCCGAGGUCCUCGCGGUGAAGCUGUCCCAAGAGAUCAACUAUGCCAAGAGCCUGUACUACGAACAGCAGCUUAUGCUGAGACUCAGUGAGAACCACGAGCAGCUGGAGUUGGACUCCUGAGGAGGCCACGCCACUGGACGCACUCCCAGCUGCUGGGACACACCCCAGACUCUGGCUCACCUCGGUGGGGGAGGCGGGGGGAGCCAGAAGCCCGUUUCAGGGAGGCUAUCAAGGAACUAAGGACAGGGAGUUCUCAUGGGAAAAUAUAAACACACUAUACUAAUGGCCGGGUGGGGAAUUACAUCAGAUGAUGGGGAAAUCAUUUUUAAAAGAUAUUGGGUGGAUAACAUAAAAAAAAAACCUACUUAGAUGGAUCUAAUUUUUAGAUUGCCCUGUAUUUUGUUAACAUGUAUAUAUGUACAACAGUGUGUUUGUAAAUACAUAGGCGCUUCUGAGCAGGGCUGUAAUGUCUGUGAAGGUUUGUUACCUGUGCAGUAAUAUAAACUUGUACUGGGUCUCUAUUGCACUAAUUCUGCACGCCUCAUUCAGGGUCCUCCCUGCAGAAGGACAGUCCUGGAAGGAAGAGUGUCGUGUCUGCGUUUUGCAAGUGCAGUCAGCAGUCAGUGGGCCGGGAUGAGCUCUUAGUUGUCAAGAGCGAUGCCUUGGCAGUCAUCGGAGGAGCAGCAACAGAGCCACCCUGGAAAGGGUGCCGAGAGCAGCAUGUCCCCCAUCUUUAUUUUCAACCCUGUUGCAGUGUUGUGAGUUUCAGGUGAUUCUCUAACCUCUUCUCAUUUGGCUUUACCCGACCGCUUGAGCAACGUGGAGGUAAACUUGUCAGCUGUCGCAUGUGCACGUGUGUGCACCAACACACGCCACUAGCAUUUCAGGCUUUUCUCAUGCUGUUAUCAGAGAAGUUUGGAGUAUCGGUAGGCUCUGUUGGUGCCGAAGGCAAAAGGAAAUCCCACUGAAGCCUUUGUUGUAACGAAUCAGAAAGCUCAGAAGAGGUCUGUCUGUCUGUCCUCCCUGGGCGCCAGUGGUGGGAGGCCCUCGACGGCGUUCUCUUCAGUGAAGCUACAUGCUGCUGUCAGAGAGCCACAACCCGGGGACACAGAUAGUGACACCAGGAUGCCGAGGAUGGGCAACUGAAUGAGAGGAAAGGGUGAAACUUGAGUGUCAAAAAGCUGUGCUCAUGAGCUGCUCUUGGAACUAGGAUUUGGUCAAGACCUUUUCCAUCCUUGUUCUAAACUUCAGUGUGGUGUGAAUGCCAGCUCCUUCCCAGGUCUCCCCCGACGUGUUGCCCUUUCCUGGAAGGAGUAAGCACUCUCACCUUAUGAUUUUAAAUUUUUUAUUUUAAUAAAGCAAACCAGUGUUUACAA